ACCAUUGCCUGUGCAAAUAACGGCAUCCAUUGUUUCCCUUUUAAAGCAAGGGGGACGUGCCAACGACCAUUCCCAUCCUCCUAUAAGAAGACCGACCCUCCUAUUCACCGCAACACUUCCCUCUGUCCUCGUCUUCAGAUAUUGUGACUCUUCGACACCCUCCAUCGCGAUCAGGUAUGGCAUCAUCCGAUGAACCAAACGUGUCAGAGAGGAAGCUCAAAGAUCACGAAAAAAAGGAGGAAGACAAAGAUGAGCAUGGCGGGUUCAUUGACAAGGUCAAGGAUUUCAUCCACACCAUUGGGGAGAGGAUUGAGGAAACUAUUGGUUUUGGAAAGCCGACUGCAGAUGUCACUGCGAUUCACAUUCCAACCAUCAAUCUGAAGAAGGCUGACAUUGUUGUAGAUGUGCUUGUAACAAAUCCGAAUCCCAUUCCUAUCCCAUUGAUCGAUAUAGACUACCUUGUUGAGAGUGAUGGGAGAAAGCUUGUUUCUGGGUUGAUCCCUGAUGCGGGGACUAUCCACGCCCACGGUUCUGAAACAGUUAAGAUACCUGUCUCUCUGGUCUAUGAUGACAUCAAACAAACAUAUGAUGACAUCAAGCCUGGAAGCAUAAUUCCUUACAGAGUGAAGGUUUCUCUCAUUGUUGAUGUCCCUGUUUUUGGCCGGAUCACAAUCCCAUUAGAGAAGACUGGCGAGAUUCCAGUGCCAUACAAGCCUGACGUUGAUCUAGAAAAGAUCAGAUUCGGCAAGUUUUCAUUUGAAGAAACUGUUGCUAUUCUGCAUUUGAAGGUUGAGAACAAGAAUGACUUUGAUUUGGGCCUCAACAAGCUUGACUAUGAGAUGUGGCUUGCUGAUGUUAGCAUUGGAGGUGCAGAGCUUGCGGAGUCUAAGACAAUAGACAAGAACGGUAAUACACUGAUAGAGAUCCCCAUCACAUUUCGUCCAAAGGACUUUGGAGGUGCACUCUGGGAUAUGAUCAGGGGCAGAGGAACUGGAUACUCCAUGAAGGGGAAUCUUGAUGUUGACACACCCUUUGGACCCAUGAAGCUACCCUUUAACAAGGAGGGUGGCACCACUCGUCUCAAGAAAACGAAAGAUAAUGGUGAAGAGGAGGAUGAUGAGGACUGAGAGCUUGAUAAAUCUCCUGUUUCAUAUCGUUGUACUGAAGUUCAUCAGUAGCACUUAGCACUUAGAUAAAUAAGCAACGUAUAUUUCUGUAGUUUUUCGACAGUGUGCCUUGUACUUCUUUUGUGACAUGAGGUUGCCGUAACCAUUUGCUCCUAUAUUUGCUGAAAUUUCUUUCUUUGA